GAGAGCAUUGGAUAGAGGUCGUCUUCCCUACCCUUUUUUAUUACCAUUUUUACAAACGCUUUCCUUAUCUCUGGCUUUUCCGCCAUUGUUGCUGCCGGAGGAGGACCAGCCGCCUUCCCCAUUCUUCCUCAACCCUAAUUCUUCAUAAUCCAUCUCCUCAAAUACCUGUUAAGAUAAGAUUCCAUUUCUAUCCACAAUUUUUCUAGAAGUUUCUUUUCACAUACGCCAUUGUUGUGCUCACUUCGAAGCUCACUGUUGAGGAGGAGUUUGGUUUUGGAUAUCAUCUAAUCUCUUAUUUUCAUGGUGUUCAUCCAUGGCGGAUUGUUCUUUUCUUUUUUUCUGUGAGUGGCUCUUUCUUCUUCUUCCUCCUCCUGUCUCGAUUCGGUUUCUUCUCAGUCGAUUGAAGCUUGAAGUUUCUGUGAUUUUAGUUUUCACCAGGUAAUUGAUGGUCGGAAGAUUGAGGAUGAACCAUUGCGUUCCUGAUUUUGAAAUGGCCGACGAUUUCUCUCUCCCGACAUUCUCUAAUUUAACCAGGCCGAGAAAAUCGUCUCUGCCGGAUGAUGACGUGGUGGAGCUGCUAUGGCAGAACGGUCAAGUGGUGACACAUAGCCAGAACCAGAGGACGGUCCGUAAAUCUCCGCCGUCCAAAUUCGAUGGUUCGAUUCCGCAAGAUCAGGCGGCGGUGAGAGAGAUCCGGCCGUCGGCUCAUUUGGAGGAACCUCAUGAACUCUUUAUGCAAGAAGAUGAAAUGGCCGCUUGGCUCAACUAUCCUCUCGUUGAGGAUCAUAAUUUCUGCUCCGACCUCCUCUUUCCCGCCAUCUCUGUUCCUCUUUGCGCCAAUCCUCAACCGGAGCUCCGACCGUCUACAACAGCGACGGUCACUCUCACACCGCGGCCACCGAUUCCUCCCAGCCGGAUUCCUGAAGCGCAGACUUCUAUGCAGUCCUCGAGGAACAAAGCAACGGGCGAAUCGGAGCCAUUGAAUUCGAAGGUCAUGGUGCGGGAAUCGACGAUGGUUGAUUCUUGUGACACGCCGUCUGUGGGGCCGGAUUCUAGGGCUUCGGAGAUGGUGAGGAGGAAGCUUGUGGAGGUGGUGAGUUGUGGUGAUGUGCGGUACGAGACCUCUCGCGGCAACGGUGGAAUCGGAGGUUCGUCGGUCGGUGGCGAUGGCAUUGGGGACAAAGAGAUGACGACUUGUGAAAUAACUAUCACUUCGUCUCCCGGCGACUCUAGCGCCAGCGCCGAGCCCCCUUGUCCGAAACUUGCUGCCGAUGACCGGAAGCGAAAGGGAAGAGCUCUCGAUGACACUGAGUGCCAAAGCGAUGAUGUUGACUACGAAUCUGCUGAUCUGAAGAGGCAAAUGCAGGGGUCGACAUCGACAAAGCGAUCUCGUGCCGCCGAGGUUCACAACCUCUCGGAGAGGAGACGUCGGGAUCGGAUAAACGAGAAGAUGAAGGCUUUACAGGAACUCAUACCUCGAUGCAACAAGACUGAUAAGGCUUCGAUGUUGGAUGAAGCGAUCGAGUACUUGAAGACUCUUCAGUUGCAAGUGCAGAUGAUGUCGAUGGGAUGUGGAAUGAUGCCGAUGAUGUUCCCGGGCGUUCAGCAAUACUUGCCACAGCCAAUGGGGAUGGGAAUGGGGAUGGGGAUGGGGAUGGGAAUGGAAAUGGGCAUGAAUAGACCAAUGAUGCAAUUUCAUAAUCUCCUUGCUGGUUCAAACUUGCCAAUGCAAGCUGGAGCGGCCGCAGCAGCAGCAGCAGCUCAUAUGGGCCCGAGAUUCCCUCUCCCUCCCUUCGCAAUGUCUCCUGUUCCCGACAGCGAUCAAUCUCGAGCUCAAGCGACGAAUAAUCAACUCAAUCCAAUGGCUAACUCAGUUGGAACACAAAAUGCAACCCCACCUUCAGUUUCGGGUUUUCCCGAUUCAUAUCAGCAGUUUCUUAGCUCGAACCAGAUGCCAUUCCAUAUGGCACAGCCUCUGCAGAAUCAUCAGCCAGUUCAGCCGAAUACGAUCCGGCCAGGUACGAGUCGGGUUCCUGAAAACCACGAAAAUCAUCAAUCUGGUUAAUAUUUUGAAUGCAUGGACUCAAGAAACACUUUCUGGGCAAGUUUUGGUGCAUGUUACAGCGUCGAAAGCUUUGAACAUGCCCGUCCGCUGCUUGCUAAUACGAUAUAUAUUCGCAAAUAACAUGUAACAACCAACCACGUCCCUGUAAAUAAAAAUCUAUACCCCUUUUGCAUUUUGGAUCUUGUUUUGAUCAUUCAUGGCAUCCUAGUCUUUUUCCUGAAUUGUGAUUCUGUUAGAUUGUGAUAGAAAGAAAGUAGAGAAUUUCUUUUUACACGAAACUAUUGGUUUGCAUUUGGUCGGGUCGGGUCCAGGAUGCUGAUGCUGAUGCUGAUAGAUCCAACUUGAUGUGGUUGUUAUUGUCGUCGGGGUGGUCGAAGUAUUCCAAACUCGAGAGCCAUUUCCAUGUUUCCUCCUGGACCAUGGUUCCCACUGCAUGAUAUUCAAGAUUCUUUUCCUCCAUCAUAAUAGAACUUGUUUCAUAGCCAUUUCCACUUGCAUUUGGAAUAUGAACUCUGAACUUGUUUCAAGCUUCUGUGCUUUUUCCACUGAAUUUUUCAAUGUUGUCUGAAAGUGGAAGAUGAGCAAAUUCACUGUAAAGAUUAGGUCUUCUGUAGGAGAUGUAAGUGUGAACUAGGGUCAUUUUUGGUAUAUUUACAUUUUUUGUUAUUUGGGAAUAGUUUUUGGUAUGGAACCAUUGAAGGUGACAUUUUUCAUAUGCAAUAAAAAUUCUUAACUUUUUUAUUU